AUGUCGUUUCUCAAGAGCUUGCCAAAUAACAGGAAUCGCUCAUUCCUGGUCCACUCACUAAUCAAAAGCCUCGGACUCCUGUCUUCUGCCAAUCCAGAGAAUGGUCAGUCGGCUACUCUUCGCAUUAUCCGACCACGCCUUGCUUCCGUGGAAGAGCUCUGCCUUUACCACGACAAGGACUACAUCGAUUUUGUCUUAAAUUCUGGCAAUGAAACUGCAUCAUCACAUCAAAAUGAUUGUCCUCCUUUUCCUGGACUGGGAAGAUAUGUGCAGAUGGUGGCUGGUGCCACACUCAGUGCUGCUGAAGCCCUCAAGUCAGGAAACGUUGAUGUGGCAAUUGCUUGGGAUGGCGGAAGGCAUCAUGCACAGAAAUCCAAAGCGGCCGGAUUUUGCUACGUAGCAGACUGUAUCAUCGCGAUUCUAUCUCUUAAACGCGGAUCUGUCUUGCGCAUUCAUCCAGAUAGGAGGAAAGCACGCAUCAUGUACAUUGAUUUCGACUUACAUUUCUCGGAUGCCGUCUCAGAGUGCUUUUACAAGUCUGCGUCUGCGGGCAACAACGCUCAGGUUUUGACUCUAUCCAUUCAUUAUACGGCUCCAGGGUUUUACCCCGCACAUCCUCUGUCGUCACUGCCGGACAUCACAUCUCCGAAUUCAGAUCCUUUCACACUUUCAUUACCCCUGAAGCAAGGCGCUUCUGCAAAAACGUUCGCAAGGAUAUGGGGUGUCGUCCAAGACGUAAAAGAUGUAUUUAAACCCGAUUACGUUGUUGUGCAGUGCGGUGCAGACGGAUUAGCCGGAGAUCCGCAUGGUAUCUGGAAUUGGAGUGUUGGGAACGAAAAGGGGAGCAUGCAGUGGUGUGUAGGCGAAAUUAUUGAGAAAUGGGAGACAAAGGUAUUGCUUUUAGGAGGAGGAGGUUACAAUUCCGCAAAUGUUGCCAGAGCCUGGGCUUCUUUAACAUCGGGGGCCCUCGGACGUCAUUUCCCACCGGAUACCCCGAUACCAGACCAUAUUGCUUUCCCAUUAUAUUCUCCGUCAUUCACUCUGGACGUACCAGCAGGGAACAUGCGAGACGAGAAUUCGGACGAUUAUCUGUGUGAGGUCGAAGGAGUAUAUAGAGACAUAGUUUGUAGGCUUGAGGAACGAUGCCAAUAG